AUGUUCACAGGAAUUGGAACCAGGUUACGCCAACGUAUUCUACUACCAACAAGGCGGUUCUACAACCCAUACUUGAAAAAACGUCCAAUUUGGAGCCAACCUACGACAAUAAUGACUACUUUACACGAUUCAAACAAUGACACGACGCUGAAUCCUCCUGCAGCUCUGAUACCGGGUGCGUUGAAGCAACCUAUCGUAUGGAUCGAUUGUGAAAUGACUGGACUUGACCAUAUCAAUGACAAAAUCAUCGAAGUAUGUUGUAUCAUCACAGAUGGACAACUAAACGUCGCUGACGAAGAUGGGUACGAGAGUGUAAUCCAUUACGAUAAAUCCAUCAUGGACAACAUGAACGAAUGGUGUAUCAACCAGCAUGGAUUUAGCGGUCUAACUCAAAAAGUACUGGAUUCGGUAAAGACUAGAGAACAAGUGGAGGAAGAGCUAUUAAAUUAUAUCAAGAAAUGGAUUCCAGACCAGAGACAAGGUGUGCUAGCCGGAAAUUCGGUACACAUGGACCGAUUAUUCAUGUUGAACGAGUUCCCGAAAGUGAUUGAUCAUUUGUUCUAUAGGAUUAUCGAUGUAUCUAGUAUCAUGGAAGUGGCGCGCAGGCAUAACCCACAACUAGCAAGCGUUACGUACAAGAAAAAGGGCGCACACACAGCCAAGGCGGAUAUCCUGGAGAGUAUUGAACAAUUGAAGUUCUACGAAAACCAUUAUUUCAAAAAUGACACCGAAACGAAAGAAUUCGUUGACAGAAGGAAGGCUGAGAUACAAAGAGAAGCUGAGAAUGCGAAGGAAAAAGAAGAUAACAAGAGAGAUUCCGAGGGAAAUCCCGAAUUAGAAACUUCGUCCCAACCCGAGAAGAAAAUCAAACUUGAUUCUGCAGAUGACAGCAGCAAUAAUGUCAUAACAUCAGCCAGAUGA